ACUGCGGCCUUCUUGUAUUUUUGGAACCCAAAACUUAAAGCUUCUUAUCCGACCUGCCAGACUCGAACCCUCAAACCGGUCAAGAAUCACUUGUCGGUUCAAGUUCUGCAGAAAUGGUGUCGAUGCUGAAAGUGUCGGAAUAUAUGGCAGUCAUUCUCGUGAUGAAUUCGACAAAGACGACAUUGAACAGGUUCUGUCUUCUUGUCCAAUCAAAAAACACAAUCGAAAACCACUUUGGUUCUUGAAAGAAAGUGAGGUGUACAAAUAA